GAUGAAGCUGCUCAAGGUGAAGGAUGGGACACUCCCACCCAUUUUUUAACCGUGUUCAUGUUUGAUGUUGAGCUUUCAGAGUAAAUUUGCGUGUAAUUCAGAUCUGGUUCUUUUUUCAGCAGAUCAUCUAUGGUACAAAGCACAAUGAUUCCAUGUUGUAGCCUCCUUUGACAGGGGUUUGUUUCGACUGUAAGACAUAUGCGCUCAUUCGUUCCUGCCAUUUAUGACAUAACAGUGGCUGACCCUAAAAGUACUCCUGCUCCUACAAUGCUAAGACUCUUAAAUAGGAAACCUUCUGUGAAAAUGAUAAAACAGAAAAUGAUAAAAAACAUUGGAGAAGGCAAAGUAUCCGAAUCAAACAAUGGUGAUACAGUUAUUGAUAUUCCACCAGACCUGUUGAUUACAGAAUUUGAGGACCCAAUCGUAGCAAUAGUUAAUUCUACAUAUCCGGAAUUUACGAGCAAUUCUUGCUUCUACAUUGGAGGAGACGUGCGUGAUUAUUUCAGUGCAAAUUCUAUUGAUAAGUCGGAAUUCCACGAUGUAACAUUGGUUGACAUCCUCACCCCAGAAUUUCUCAGUUCACUGCAAACAUCAGGAUUACCUAACCAUCAUAUAAAACUAAAGGUUGGGACACCAAUUAUGGUCAUGAGAAACAUCAACCAGUAUGAAGGCUUAUGUAAUGGAACAAGGUUGAUAAUAACAAAGUUGGGUGGUGUGAUUUAAACUAUGUGAUUUUUAUUCUGGUGGUAAAAUUACUCUUGGUUGGGUGGAGAUAGAAGUUGAGUGUUGAGCCUUUGUUGCCUUUUAUAUGUACCAGUAUGUAAACUUGUAACAGGAUCAUGGCAUGUCUUAUGCUGUGUUAUUAUUAAUAUAUUUCU